AUGUCUGUUCGUGCUAACUUCGUACAGAACCACUAUGCCUUCUCUCCAAACCCUUGGUUCAUAGCCACCUUCUUCUUUGGCCAGGUCAUGUUUCAAAUAGCUUGGAUUCACAAGCUAUUCGCAUUCGAUCCUAUUGGGUAUCACAAGCUUGGCUCGACUCCCAGAGCUGAUUCCGCUCCAGACGCUGGGGUCAAUGCGAAUACUUGUACCAGUUCAGAUGACGAAGAGGGCGUGCGAGUGGCCCUGGCUUAUGCUCCAGUCUAUGCUUUGGGCAGUUUCUGCAUCGCUGGAUGGCUCCUCUUUUGGUUGCGCAACGACUUUGUCGCUUCCCAAAUACUGGUGACGGUCAAUACAUUCGCACAGUUGUUCGCCGUCGCCCGCCUCCCUCUGCUAACACCAAAGAGCUCCACCAUCAUGCGUUUGACGCAUGUGGUCGCGAUAACAUUUGCGGGAAUUGGCGUCCUAGACCUCAUUGAUAAUGGUGGCGUAGUCCUCCGUUAUCGCGCGCCUCCCUCAAUACUAGUCCAAGGUAUCACGUAUACCCUGUUUCCCGUCGCGACGGCGGCCUCGACACCAUUCUUUGGCGCUAUCCUCCUCUAUGAUCUUUUUGCUAUCUUUGUUGGUCAGUAUGAUGUUUCCGAUGCGGAACAAUGGAGCGCUCGUGUGGGGUGGACUGCUCUUGCUACAGGAGGAAUUGUCGGAGUGAAGGCAUUGUUAUCAUGGAGGAAGAAGACUGGGGUUAGAACAUGA